AUGGAAAAAGCAUAUGACACACUGUACGAUGAGCUUCUGUCUGAGUUAAAACCUUUAGUUCUAAAACUUCCCGUAAGAGAGGAAAGGCAGAGAAUAGCAUCUUGGAUCAAGAAGUUAAAUGAGCCCAAUGCUAAAGACCCUCUGUGGAAAAAAUCCAGGAACUUAUAUGCUCGGCUCAUGAAGACAAUGCUAGAAAAGGGAGUGGUCGACGAGCCCUUCAGAGGAAACCCUCCAUCAGACCCUUUAGCCCCCUUGCCUACUUACAUGACCAUCUUCCUCGAGGGAUCCAACUAUGACAGUACAUCAGAUAAGCAGUCCUCAGUAGAGGAUUCCAGUAGAAGGAACUCAGGGAAAAGGAAGUUGACUUACAGUCCCAAGAAGACAGCUUCAUUGCCUGACCUGAGUGUCAUGACGUCAGAGGAGGAGUCAGACGAGGACUUGAACAGCUUACUGAGAGGUCCAACUCACCGCCCCCCUACACCCACAAGUUUCAGUAUUCCCAAAAUGUUUACCUCCACUCCCGGUCCAAUGAAAACAGUACAAUUUAAAGGGAGCUCACCCGCAGUACAGAUACCAGUUAGACAACCCUCAGCUGCUACAUCUCACACUAUCCCUAACUACAAGGGAAUAGUGGAGAAGGAAGUACAGAUGAAAGAGAGGUUGCUAAGUAACCGGUAUAGUGAGGAGAGAUUGAAACUUCAGCGUCAUCACGACGAGCUUUUACAGAAGAUCCUGGACAAGAAGACGAAAGAAGUAGAAGAAUUUAGAUCCGAGUACAGAAAUAAAGUUUUACAACUUGAAAACAACAACAAGACCUUAGAGAGGAGGUUACAACAGGCACAAGAGGAAAAUGUGAGGUUAAGAGAGGUAAAGGAACGUCAGGCAUAUGAUUUUAGGAACGCACAGAAUCAGACUACCUCAAAUCUGAGGACGGAGUGCGAGAAGAGGUUAUCUAAGCUGAAGGAGGAGCAGGAGGAAGCAACAGUGAGGUUACAAGCCGAAAACCAGGAACACUUACAGAAACUUAUAGAUGAGACAACCAACUCUAUGAGUAGGAUGGAGGAGGAGUACAAAUCUCAAGCUGACAACAUGAGUUUAGUUAUAAAGGAAUGCGAGGAUAAGUGUGCAAAACUGAGAGAGAAUUUCGAAGAGAGCGAGGCUGGAAGAAGGAAGGAGCAGGAGAGGGGACACGAGCUGGAGAUUGAGGUCUCCCAGAAUAAGGAGCUCCUACUUCAGUCUGAAGACAGGGUACGCGAACUGUCUGAGGAGAUUAAGAAGUCAGAGAAAGCGUACACAGAAAGUGUAGAGGAGCAACAAAACUCAGCACAUACAGCAUCAGAACUAGCGAGACAAGAAUACACACACUCUCUCUGCAAAUUACAGGAGAAGAAGGGUGCACUAGAAGGGGAACUGAAGGAGAGUAAAGAUACGAACGAUGAACUGCAGAGAACGUUGGAUAAUAGAGUUUGGGAACUAGAAACAGAGCACAAAUCAGCGGUGACUAAACUGGAGAGACUUUGUGAGAAGAAACUGAGAGGUGCUGAAAAGAGUGCAGAUAAGAAACAUAUGGAAUCUCAGAACGAGGUCACAGAACUAAAGAGAGAGCUGAGGAGAAAAGAUAAGGAAGUGAGAGAACUGUACGAAGCCCAGAAGCUUCAGAACCAACAAUCCGAGAGAGCCCUGAACGAUCUGAAGAAGGAAAUGCAGAACAAUACUGACAGGUUGUAUAAAGAAGUGCAACAACAAGUGUUUGCCCUGGAGGAAGAUCUGGAGAAAGCGGCGUACGAGAGAGAGAAACUGGAUGUGGAAUACAACAAACGAAUAAACGAGGAGAAACUUAGAUGCGAUGAGACGGUGGCUGAAUUACAGAUGAAGACAGAACGAGAGAAACAAGAGCUGAUAGAGAAAUACCACAGCGAAAUAGGAGACCUACAGAAAGUGCAGGACGAAGAUAGGAAACGUCUCGAAGAAGAGAAGACAUCCGAAUUGGAAGAGAUGGACCGGAAAAACAAAAAUCGUCUUGCUGAUGAAAUUGAGAAAUCAGACGAGUUACGGAGUAAAAUAGAUAGUCUUGCUAACGAGGUGGAAGAGUCCAGGAAGAGUCACAAAAGGACUGUCAGCGAAGCAGCAGCGCUGAGAGAGAAGGAGAGGAAACAGAACCAGAUAGAUGGGGAGAAGUUAGCGGUCUCACACCGAGCUGAGCUAGAGGACAUCAACAAAAAACAUGCUAGGGAACUGGAGAAGUUAACUCACAAAACUAACUCUAGAAUUAAAAUGAUAGAGGAGGAGUUCGACCAUCGCUUCCAACAAAACUCACAGGGGCUAGAAAAGGCGCAGUCUACAGCUGAUUUGGCUCAGGAGGAGACUAAGAGACAAGCGGUAAUGUAUGAGAGAAGUAUUAAGAAGCUGUAUCAGGAGAUCGAGCUCGCUAAAGUAGACGAGGAACAGAGACAGCGAGGAAUAGUCAAGGCAUUAGAGCAGGAGGUGGAAACUCAGAGGAGUAUGAUUAGACACCAAGAUAAGAGAUGUAAGAUGUUGGAGCUGGAAAUGGAGGAGAAGAUUACACGCACCAAACUAAUCUAUGAGGAGAAAAUGAGGGGUGUAAUGCCUCUGAGUGUAAGAGAGGAGUUAGAGGAAACCAUCGCAGCUCUGAAAGCGCAGAGUACUAUAUUGGAACAGAAGGCUGGUAUCCUACAAUCGGAGUUAAAUAGCAGAACUAAAAGGAACACUCCAAACAGAACUCCUAAUAAGGUUUCAGCCAGAGGCAGUCCAUUCCUGAAAGCUAGAUAGUGUUUUUUGAAAGUUUAGAUAAUACCAAGAUGGGACGGUUACUGUUUGAAUAACAGUUAAAAGUAUCGAAUAGUUAGUAUUUUUCAUAACUGACGCACGGUUUUGAUUGCGUUUAUUAUUGUGGACAUAUUUUGUAUUUACUUUUUUCUAUUGGUUCAGCGUAUAAUAUCAAUAAGUUACUUUAAAACUUUUGACGUAUUGAGAAAUAAGAUUGCAAUACAAUUAGAAUUGACUAUUACCUAAUUUAAUUGUUUGUUUAUUUUCUUUCGCGGAGCAGUCUUUGAACUUCAUGGCUAUGUUUAAAAUCCAAGCAUAUUUGCAAAUUUUCAGAUAUUGUCAACAUUAUG